AGGACUAAUGGGGACGAUAAAAUAUCCGUCAGUAGCUUCAACAGCUCUUCCUCACCCCCGCUAUUACCAUCUCCACCAUGGGAACCAUCUCCUGCAUCUCCCUAUUCCUAGCUCUCCUCCUCUUCGUCAAAUUCGUCUUCUCCUCCAAGAACACGAAGAACCUCCCACCAAGCCCUCCCUCCAUCCCCUUCAUUGGUCACCUCCAUCUACUUAAGAAGCCCCUCCCCCAAACCCUCGCCCGCCUCUCCGACCGCUACGGUCCCGUCCUCCUCCUCCGCUUCGGCUCCCGCCCUGUCCUCCUCGUCUCCUCCCCUUCUGCCACUGAAGAGUGCCUCUCGAAGCACGACGUCACCUUCGCCAACCGUCCCCACCUUCCCUCCGUGAAACACCUGAGCUACAACUACAUCUCCCUUGCUGUAGCCAACUAUGGACCCCUCUGGCGCAACCUCCGCCGCAUCGCCACCGUCGAGGUACUCUCCACACAUCGCCUCCACUCCUCGUCCGGGAUUCGCACCGGAGAGGUCCAGGCCAUGGUUCGCCAACUCGUUCGGGACUGGCAAGCAACCAAAGCGAUGGAUGGGUUCGCGAGAGCGGAGGUGAAGUCGAGGUUGAUCGUACUAUCUUUGCACGUGAUCAUGAGGAUGAUCGCGGGGAAGAGGUUCUACGGCCAGGAGGAGGAGAAGUCGGGGAUAUCCGAGGAGGCGAGGCGAUACUGGAAGCUGGGGGAGGAGGCAGCGCCGGCGAUUGGAGCGUCCAAUCUGGCUGACUACGUGCCAGUGCUGAGAUGGGUCGAUUAUCAGGGAUUUAGCAAGAAGCUGGCGAGGUUCCAAAAUGAAAGGGAUGAAUUGAUGCAGAGACUGAUGGAUGGGCAUAGGAGCAAAAGCAAGGAGGAAGGGGUGGAGAAAAAGACUAUGAUGGGUGUGCUGCUAUCGCUGCAGGAGACGGAUCCCGAUUACUACACCGAUGAAGUGAUCAAAGCACUUGGUGCUGGUUUAUUAGCAGCAGGCACAGGUACUACAUCUGAGACAACUGAGUGGGCGAUGUCUCUCCUACUUAACAACCCAGGAGCAUUGAAGAAGAUGAGGGAUGAGAUGGACGCACAAGUAGGAAAUGAGCGCCUGCUUGAGGAAUCGGAUCUUUCCAAUCUUCCAUACCUCCAGUGUGUCAUCACCGAAACUCUUCGGAUGUACCCAACAGCUCCGCUUCUGUUGCCUCAUGAAUCAUCCCAAGAGUGUAGUGUGGGAGGUUUUCAUAUUCCACGUGGAAUGAUGCUACUGGUCAAUGCAUAUGCGGUUCACAGGGACCCCAAGGUGUGGGAGGAGCCUACAAAGUUCAUGCCAGAAAGAUUUGAGGGUGGGAAGGGGGAAGGGAAGUUGAUGAUCCCCUUUGGGAUGGGAAGGAGAAGGUGCCCAGGGGAAGGCCUUGGAAUGAGGGCGGUUGGCCUAGCAUUGGGAACUCUGAUCCAGUGCUUUGAGUGGGAAGGGAUUGGAAAGGAAGAGGUGGACAUGACAGCAGGAGGCUCGAGUCUAACUUUGGCCAAGGCUAUUCCUUUGGAGGCCCUGUAUCGCCCACGCCAAAGCAUGCUUGAUACUCUCACAAAACUCUGAAUCAGUUCUGCAUGAUUUGUAUGAUAAGCCAGGAGGAUCUCAUGAGAUCAGUUUCGUAGUAGUUUGACUCCGUGUGUAGCUCCUUCAAUAACCAGUGUUCAAUUUAACCAGAUGCAGAUCUAAUUUGUCAGAACACUUCUUUGGAUAUAGAUGCAACACAGUUCAUCUGGUUUGCCGAUA